CUCAACAGCGAGUAACUGUGAUCGAUGUGUGUCAUUCUUGACAGCUUGUCGUUCGCUCGGAAAUUCUCUCUCUUGUAAAUUUGUCGUACUAUGAAACGUGUUAAAAAAUUGUUGGUAUGAAUUCGUUAUGUCAAGAAGCAUGUAGAACGAAGAAAACGAAGUAUCUUUGGAUUCCAGUGUCCCAGAAACAUCUACGAAAGUGGCAGUACCUACUGAAAAGCAUAACCUGAAAGUUAGACGACGAAAUGUAAUCGAAACAGUGAACUUCGUACAGAAAGAAAAUAAAAACUCGGGUUCCAAAAGUAACGUGCCUCUUGUAAGAAUGACUGACUCAACAAGGGCAUGGUAUGAUAACGUUAUACCACGAAUACCUGAUAUCGCGGACAUUAGUUUGUCAGGUAAACAAAACGGAGUGUUAAGUCACAUAGACGAUAGGGGUUUAUUAAAAGGUGAUUCUGGUGAUACAGACACACUCACAAAUAGAGAACUAAUGAAGAUAAGCGUUAUUCGUGGAAGCGUCAUCAACCCUAAUUUGACGUUAGGGGAACUGAGACUACUGGGUUGCAGUAGCGAGGGUCUAGUUAAUGAUGAUAUAAGAAGGAUAUUGUGGCCAAAGCUUUUGAGAAUAUCAGAAGAAAAUAGUUUUCCUGCAAAUGGAUUAGAAACAAUACAGGAUCAUAUACCAAAUGAAGUGUAUCAACAAAUACUAAAGGAUGUUGCACGUAGUGGCAGCCACAUUUCCCAAAAUGCCACGCAUCGUGAAAUAGACUGCUUUCACAAACAAUUAACGCAAUUAAUGUGCUGGGUUCUACACAAGCAUACUACACUAAAUUACUACCAGGGAUAUAACGACAUAGCCGCAACUGUUUUAUUAGUGAUGGGUUUAGAAAAGGCAUUGAACAUACUUGAAAGUAUAUCGUUAGAAUUUCUGGAAAGAUUUAUGGAAAGAACAAUGGAAAAAGUAAAUCAAGAAUUAUUCUAUAUAUUUGCCCUUUUGGAAAGAAUACAUCCCACUUUAUUGGAACACUUGGAAAAUGUAGAAUUAUUUCCGCACUUUGCAUUGGCCGAAUAUACAACAUGGUACGCACACAAGUAUGCAGAAAAUAGGAAAUUAUUACACAGGCUAUUUGACUACUUUCUCGGCAGUCCUCCAUUGAUGCCACUUUAUUUAAGUACUGUGAUCGUAGCACAUAGGGCAACGGAAAUUUUUAAUACUACUCCUGAUAUGGGACAUACGCAUCAAGUAUUAUGCACUUUGCCAGACGAUUUACCGUUUGAAACGCUCUUAAUCGAGGCAAAAAAUUUAUAUCAUCAAUAUCCACCUGAAUCUAUAAGUAAUGAUGUUAUAGAAUAUGACAAAAAGAGAAAAUGCAAGGAACAAGAAUGGAAGGCAAAAGCGGAAGAGAGUCGUCAAGAAAGAGAAAAACAACGUCAACUUAGAAUUGUGAAAUCCACGCCACGAAUACCGUAUCGUAUUAGAAAUUAUAAAACUAUCACAGUGGUAACAAUAUUGGCUAUAGGAUUGUAUGCUUUUUUAAAAUCUUCUUCUGGCCUUAAUUGA